UCGGUUGUCAAAUUCAAUAUUCUUUAUGUUUUAAGCAUUUCGUUCGAAAUCAAAUUCUCCCGUUUGCUUUUGUAAUCCUUGCACUCCCGAACAUGGCAAUAAUACCGGUUUCCAAUAUCCAUUCAAUACGCCCAAAUCCUCUACAGGGUCUGGAAUUUCUUUACGUACCCUUGCAGUACAGUGUACACGUGACUACAACUCUGAUUUCGGCUAUUGGGAACUUUCUGUACCGCUUGUGGACACCGCCCUUGAGAAGAAGUUGGUGAUAUAUUCGGAAUUUUUUCCUUAAAAGUGUUUUGUAGUGCCUGCGAUGAAGAAGAUGCCUUAGCAAGGAGAGGUUAAAGAAGCCAGACUUGGUCACCAAAGGAAUUCGAUGCCGGGGACGGACACGACUUCGAGCGAGGCAGAUGAAGAAGAUGUUAACCCAAGCGGAUGCACAAGCAAAGUUCGAAGAGGGACAAGGGUCCAUGACCAGGACCAGUCUGGACCUGAGGCAAUGCCAUGGACCGGGAGGAGGAGCAUGGAGCAGGGCAAUGGGAAUACGAGAAGGGACAGCAUCAACAGCAACAGCAGCAUAAACAAAACGACCGGCAGCGCUGGAGGAACGGAAGAACCAUGCACUGAGCUAAAUUUAUAUCGAUA